CAGGGAGACAUUUUUCACAUCACUCGGCACUUCCACCCGAUCAAAAGAAAUUUGAAGGAAAAAACAAGUUGUUUCGAGCACCUGACUAUUAUUACAAGUAGAUAUGGUGAUGUGGGUAUUCGGAUACGGGUCACUGAUAUGGAAACCGGGUUUCCACUACGAUGACUGCCUUGUGUGUUUCAUUAAACGCUAUCGUCGCGUCUUCUACCAAGGCAGUACUGACCACAGAGGAACUCCGGAAUUCCCGGGCCGGACAGUGACGUUGGAGCCUGCAGAUGGGGAGAUAUGCUGGGGUAUUGCUUACAAGAUAACUAAAAAGGAAGAUCAAGAAGUAGCGAUAACGUAUCUCGAAGUGAGGGAAAAGCAGUAUGACAAGAAGGUCUAUCUGGAUGUUUUCACUGAGCUAACGGCUUCCACUCCCGCCAUUUCAAAUGUACUGCUGUAUGUAGCUUCUCAAGACAAUAAAAUCAACAGCAACUAUUUGGGGCCUGCGCCACUUGAUGAAAUUGCCAGACAAAUUGUUCGUGCUGAAGGGCCUUCUGGACCAAACAGAGAUUACCUUUUUCAACUUGAGAAAGCACUUGGUCUGUUAGGUCAAGAACCUCAAUUAUUUGCAAAGUGGUGGUUUGUUAGCAAGGCUAUCUUACAGAUGUGAAGAUAAGCACAUCACUGAUCUCGCAAAGGAGGUGCGGCACAUCCUUGCAGAGGCCAUCUAAUCGCUCCUGACCCCAAUUAUCUAUAUUGUUUCGCCUUUUGUCAUCACCGGGUCUGCAUUUCCUUAAGGUCUAUUUUGUUGUAGCCAUGGAAGGGUUUGAAGUGAAAGGUUUGAGGGGCCUGAGUCCAUUCUUCAUAUAUAUUUUGCAUUAAAAUACAAUUAAAGAGUACAUAGUAUGUAAUCGUACAUGAUCUCCCCGUAUAAACUAUGCCCUCCAAAGCCUUCUCCCCCAACUCCCUUUAGAAACAACCUUCAUCCAUAAUUGCCCUUAAGAGAUGCAUUUGUUAUUCCUGAGUUCCUGACAUUUGUGCUUGAAAGUAGAAUGCAUUCAUAUGUGGUGGGUGCUAUGAGACAAUGUUAAAUCUGAAUAUUUAGUAAAAUUUUAUGCUAUAUUAUAAUAAGAGAUGAGGAGAGAAUGAAUCAAUAUAUAUUCUCUUCCGAUUGCGUGUUUUGGAUAUCUUAGUGACUUGAUCUCUUUCAAGUUUCAAUUUGACUAUGCUCUCAGGCUCUCUCUCUGCCUUCCCCUCAGAACCCCUCCAUCCAGACAGACCCCAAGUGUUCAAUGGAUACAUGCAUUGAAAUAUUACAAUGAGAUUGGACAAAUGAGAUUUUGAAUUUUUUUUAAUAGUUGUCAUUUGCGCCCUUUGUAUUACUGAGCCUAUUGGCAACAUUUUAACUUGAGGUUUCCCAUUACUACUUGAGUUAUUUGAAAAUUCAUAGUA